CCUCCGAUUGGUCGACGGCGAGAGAGACGCUCCCGCACGCCGCCGGCUCUGAUUGGCCCAGCGGUAGGAAAGGUUAAACCAAAAAUUUUUUUACAGCCCUAGUGUGCGCCUGUAGCUCGGAAAAUUAAUUGUGGCUAUAGCCGCCUCGAUCGCUGUCUCCCCAGCCUCGCCGCGGCCGCUCCGGGACGCGCCCGCCCGCCGCCCGGCUCUCCCCCCCUUUGGGCUGCUGCUGCUGCUGCUGUGACUGCUGCUGCGAGAGGAGGAGGAGGAGGAGGAAGCAGCAGGGGGGGGGAGCGGGGGGUGGGGGGGAGACCAAGAAGUACAGUUGGGAGCGAGGGAGCUUCACCCCCGGGGCGGUGGUUGUUUCUUUUUUCUUUCUUUCUUUUUUCUUUUCCUUUUUUUUUUUUUUUUUUUCUAAUUCCUGAGGGGUGGUUGCUGCUUUUGCUACAUGACUUGCCAGCGCCCGAGCCUGCGGUCCAACUGCGCUGCUGCCGGAGCGCUCAGUGCCGCCGCUGCCGCCCGCGCCCCCCGCGCCCCGUUCGGCACCCACCGGUCGCCGCCGCCCGCCGCGCCGCUGUCCCGCUCCCGCGCCGCCGCCGCCGUUUCCCCCCGACGACUGGGUGAUGCUGGACAUGGGAGAUAGGAAAGAGGUGAAAAUGAUCCCCAAGUCCUCGUUCAGCAUCAACAGCCUGGUGCCCGAGGCGGUCCAGAACGACAACCACCACGCGAGCCACGGCCACCACAACAGCCACCACCCCCAGCACCACCACCACCACCACCAUCAUCACCACCACCCGCCGCCGCCCGCCCCGCAACCGCCGCCGCCGCCGCAGCAGCAGCAGCCGCCGCCGCCGCCGCCCCCGGCACCGCAGCCCCCCCAGACGCGGGGCGCCCCGGCCGCCGACGACGACAAGGGCCCCCAACAGCUGCUGCUCCCGCCGCCGCCACCGCCACCACCGGCCGCCGCCCUGGACGGGGCCAAAGCGGACGGGCUGGGCGGCAAGGGCGAGCCGGGCGGCGGGCCCGGGGAGCUGGCGCCCGUCGGGCCGGACGAGAAGGAGAAGGGCGCCGGCGCCGGGGGGGAGGAGAAGAAGGGGGCGGGCGAGGGCGGCAAGGACGGGGAGGGGGGCAAGGAGGGCGAGAAGAAGAACGGCAAGUACGAGAAGCCGCCGUUCAGCUACAACGCGCUCAUCAUGAUGGCCAUCCGGCAGAGCCCCGAGAAGCGGCUCACGCUCAACGGCAUCUACGAGUUCAUCAUGAAGAACUUCCCCUACUACCGCGAGAACAAGCAGGGCUGGCAGAACUCCAUCCGCCACAAUCUGUCCCUCAACAAGUGCUUCGUGAAGGUGCCGCGCCACUACGACGACCCGGGCAAGGGCAACUACUGGAUGCUGGACCCGUCGAGCGACGACGUGUUCAUCGGCGGCACCACGGGCAAGCUGCGGCGCCGCUCCACCACCUCGCGGGCCAAGCUGGCCUUCAAGCGCGGUGCGCGCCUCACCUCCACCGGCCUCACCUUCAUGGACCGCGCCGGCUCCCUCUACUGGCCCAUGUCGCCCUUCCUGUCCCUGCACCACCCCCGCGCCAGCAGCACUUUGAGUUACAACGGCACCACGUCGGCCUACCCCAGCCACCCCAUGCCCUACAGCUCCGUGUUGACUCAGAACUCGCUGGGCAACAACCACUCCUUCUCCACGGCCAACGGCCUGAGCGUGGACCGGCUGGUCAACGGGGAGAUCCCGUACGCCACGCACCACCUCACGGCCGCCGCGCUAGCCGCCUCGGUGCCCUGCGGCCUGUCGGUGCCCUGCUCCGGGACCUACUCCCUCAACCCCUGCUCCGUCAACCUGCUCGCGGGCCAGACCAGUUACUUUUUCCCCCACGUCCCGCACCCGUCAAUGACUUCGCAGAGCAGCACGUCCAUGAGCGCCAGGGCCGCGUCCUCCUCCACGUCGCCGCAGGCCCCCUCGACCCUGCCCUGUGAGUCUUUAAGACCCUCUUUGCCAAGUUUUACGACGGGACUGUCCGGGGGACUGUCUGAUUAUUUCACACAUCAAAAUCAGGGGUCUUCUUCCAACCCUUUAAUACAUUAACAUCCCUGGGACCAGACUGUAAGUGAACGUUUUACACACAUUUGCAUUGUAAAUGAUAAUUAAAAAAAUAAGUCCAGGUAUUUUUUAUUAAGCCCCCCCUCCCAUUUCUGUACGUUUGUUCAGUCUCUAGGGUUGUUUAUUAUUCUAACAAGGUGUGGAGUGUCAGCGAGGUGCAAUGUGGGGAGAAUACAUUGUAGAAUAUAAGGUUUGGAAGUCAAAAUUAUAGUAGAAUGUGUAUCUAAAUAGUGACUGCUUUGCCAUUUCAUUCAAACCUGACAAGUCUAUCUCUAAGAGCCGCCAGAUUUCCAUGUGUGCAGUAUUAUAAGUUAUCAUGGAACUAUAUGGUGGACGCAGACCUUGAGAACAACCUAAAUUAUGGGGAGAGUUUUAAAAUGUUAAACUGUAAUUUGUAUUUUAAAAGCAUUCGUAGUAAAGGUGCCCAAGAAAUUAUUUUGGCCAUUUAUUGUUUUGUCCUUUUCUUUAAAGAACUGUUUUUUUUUUCUUUUGUUUACUUUUAGACCAAAGAUUGGGUUCUAGAAAAUGCACUUGGUAUCUAAGUAUUAAAACAAACAAAAAGGAAAGUUGUUUCAGUUGGCAACACUGCCCAUUCAAUUGAAUCAGAAGGGGACAAAAUUAACGAUUGCCUUCAGUUUAUGUUGUGUAUAUUUUGAUGUAUGUGGUCACUAACAGGUCACUUUUAUUUUUUCUAAAUGUAGUGAAAUGUUAAUACCUAUUGUACUUAUAGGUAAACCUUGCAAAUAUGUAACCUGUGUUGCGCAAAUGCCGCAUAAAUUUGAGUGAUUGUUAAUGUUGUCUUAAAAUUUCUUGAUUGUGAUACUGUGGUCAUAUGCCCGUGUUUGUCACUUACAAAAAUGUUUACUAUGAACACACAGAAAUAAAAAAUAGGCUAAAUUCA